UGUGUGACAUGCGCACAUGCGACCAGCAGCAGCAGCACCAGCAGCGACCCACCGUCCGACACCGACGCACCGAGAGGACGGAGACCGGGAGACGUCUCAGCGGCCGCGGGGAUGUAAAUGAGACGGAGCCGGGCUCAGCGGAACGGAGGCGGGCUGCGGUCUGUCGGAGAAUGUCACAGCGAGCGAACGUGUCGUUAGCUCCCCGUUAUCCGCCGUUUCUAUCGCACAGCACCGAGUCGUGAUUGUUGUGGUGUUUUUUACAGCGAAUUUGAGAGACGACCUGAGGACAGCUUUGACCAUCCUGCAGCCAGCAUGCCUCCUCCUCCUCCUCAGAGCCUCCAGUCCAGCGGGUUGACUCUCUCUGAAACAAGCAUGGGUUCCUUUAAGAGGAGGAAGAGGAAAUCCAUAAUUGUGACGGUGAUGCUGCUCAUUGUGUCCGUGCUCAUCCUCAUCUUCGGCCUGGCAGCGACGACCAGGACGCAGAACAUCACAGUGGGCGGCUACUACUCAGGACUUAUUCUGGGCUUUGGCUCUUUUCUGGGAAUCAUCGGAGCUCAUUUGAUAGAGAACAAGAGGCAGAUGUUAGUGGCAUCUAUUGUCUUCAUCAGCUUUGGAGUGGUGGCUGCUUUCUGCUGCGCUAUUGUCGAUGGAGUAUUUGCAGCAAGGCACAUUGACCUCAGGCCUCUGUAUGCUGACCGCUGUGAGUAUCACUCCAGUGAGACUGGAUCGGACCGAGACGUGCCCUGUCAGACAUCGUCGCGUACGUCCUGCUACCUGCGUGUGAAGAGCAACACCUGUUACUGCUGUGACCUCUACAACUGCGGAAAAGAACAUCCUCUUAUGGGACUUCAGAAUAAAGAUGUUUUGAAAAAGUUUAGGAAAUCAUCCAUGAUUUGGAAGCCUAGCCGUGUAGAGGUGAUUGGAGGUUACCAUGAAUACACAGACGUGAGGAGCUGCCAGGAUGUGGUGCACCUUUACCACCUGUUAUGGUCCGCGACCAUCCUCAACAUCGUGGCCCUGUUUCUGGGCAUCAUUACUGCUGCAGUGCUGGGAGGCUUCAAGGACAUGACACCCUCUACUGCCUCAGAGAGCACAUCUGAACCAGAGGCCAUCACAGCUCCAGUCCAGUCAGAGCCCCCUCCACCCACCACUUCUCUCAACUCCUACUACAACGCUGCCCCCUGCCUGCCGCCUUACACUGCCUACGACCUGCAGGGCUCCUACGUGUUCCCGGACUCCUCAGGUCUGUCAGAUGACUCCCAGUCUGGAGCCAGCCACCUGUGGCCCACUAUGAUCCCUCCUCGCUACUCCCCUCCUCACAACCACCCCGACGAGAAGCCCCCACCGUACAGCCCGUAAGGCGGCUACGAGAGGAAAGCACCUGAACCGCUGUCAGGUGUUGUUAGAAGCUGAACGAGUGGUUUGAUUGCACGACUCCUCUGGGAUUUUCUUCACUAUUGUUCUGAAUUGUGUCAAAGAAAAGGAGGCGAUGAGGAGGAGGAAGAAGAGGAUGGCCACGGAGCACACUGACUUUGAGUUUAGCCCAACACUAGGAAGCAAGUGUUUGUCUCCCUGGACACCACUCACACUCCAGCCUGCACUGUGUGUGUGUGUGUGUGUGUGUGUGUGUGUGUGUGUGUGUGUGUGUGUGUGUGUGUGUGUGUGUGUGUGUGUGUGUGUGUGUGUGUGUGUGUGUGUGUGUGUGUGUGUGUGUGUGUGUGUGUGUGUGUGUGUGUGUGUGUGUGUGUGUGUGUGUGUGUGUGAGCACAUACACAACAAGAGAGAGACAACCUGCUCCAAGCCAGGACUGUUUACACAUCUAUCUGCCUUAAUGCAAACGGACUUCCAGCGCUGCAGCUCGCUGUCACCUGGACUUACUCUGUACAAAAACUCAGCUCCCUUCAGUAGAACCUGUAAAUGCUUCUCGCCGCGAGUGUCACAUCUACCGCCCCUGUGUGAGAUUAACGCCGAGUUAGGUGGAAAUCACAAAACGCUAGAGAUUGUAGGCCCAAGCAGUCAUUUCUUUAGCCGUUAAUAGGCGAAGUUUGCAGUAGCGGAGGUAUUACAUGCCCAUAAUGUCUGUACAGCAGUAUGAUAUACAGUUAGCACAGGUAGGCCUAAGGUAUACAAACAGAUCAUGAUAUCUACUUAUCAACUCUGCACUUUACGUUCAAGAAUAUCCUGACCAGUGUGGCGAACUUUGCAGAGCAGUGUUAAUGAAGAAAUAAGCUAUUCUACCUACAGUAGUUGUUGAGGAUACACGGUUUAAAUUACACUCUGAGCCCUACUUAUUGUAUUUCCACUAAAAGCUCCAGCGCAGGUAAGCAUAUGUGUCUCUCUUUCUCUCUUUGUAAGUAGUAGUAAUAUCACCUCUAAUAGCUGAAUGUGUUGUUUGUCAGGGGUGAACAUUAACAAGGCUGAGUGUGGACAGUCAGUGCUGGAUUCACUGAUACGAGGCAGCAGAUCUUGAAAAGUCAGAGUUCACCGAUGAAGAGAAGGUAAACGCGGCAGAAUUGUAAACCUCGUCGAUGUCCAUGAAGACAGUCGCUGUCAGCUUGAAUCACUGCUUUUUAUAAUUUAAACAACACAUUCUCAGGAGCUGACUGUCAGUUCCUCAUUUGUCUUGCCAUUAAAACUUGUUUUGUGUAAUUUA